AUGGGUUGGUUUUGGGCCGAUAAUAAUUCGAAGGACGCUAAAUGUCCUGUAGAUCAUAGUAAAUUCAAGAAAUCAACAACUUCAAGUAGUGGAGCUGCAGCAUGUCCUGUGGAUCAUGGGAAAUUCACCAAAGAUACCGAAAAAGCAGUAUGUCCCGUUAAACCCAAUGAUGACAAUAUAUUGAACCCUUUGAAUAAUAUGCCAGCUUUAAGCAAUGACAUGGCACCGGGUCAAAAGAUAAAAUUAAGUACUGAUAGAGUUUAUUCUUCCAUUCCUAAAGGAGAGAAUAAUGAAGAAGGAGUUUGGGAAUAUCCUUCACCACAACAAAUGUUAAAUGCCAUGUUAAGAAAAGGUAAAGGUCAAGGUAUUCCUGAAGAUGCUGUUGAAUCCAUGGUUGAAAUUCAUAACUUCUUGAAUGAAGGAGCAUGGCAACAAAUUCUUGAAUGGGAAAGUAAGUAUACCAAAGAAACUAAGAUUGAACCAAGAUUAGAAAAAUUCACUGGUAGACCUAAUGAUUUGAGUCCAAGAGCAUCAAUGUAUUUAUAUUUAUCCAAGAUAUUCCCUGAAACAUUCAAUUCCCAACCUCCUUUUGAUAGACAUGAUUGGACGGUCUUGAGAUCUAAAGGUAGAAAUAAUGGAUGGGAUAAAAUUCGUUAUGUUAUUGAUUAUUAUUCAGCACCAGAUGACGAAGAAACUGGUAUGCCAUCGUUUGUUUUGGAUACCAGACCAGCAUUUGAUAAUGUUGGUAAUGCAUACGAUAGGUUUGUUCAUUGGUCGGGUCCUUUAUAUAGAAAAGCUAUGGGUGAUAAGGAAACCUAA